UACAACAAACAACUCCAAAAUUGUGUCAAAAACCCACGUACCGGUACGGCAACCACUAUCCAACUAUCCAAUCCACAAGGACCGAAGCUACUUUUCGGUGGAAUAGAAAUAGAAAGAAACAGAACACAUCUAAUUCGCAUACAGGCAAAAUGAACUUCUUUGGAGGUGGUGAAGAAGCAAAACCGGCGGGCCCCGAUCCGGUUUUUGCUGGUAAGUCGUGUCGAAUCGAGUAGCACUAGAGCGGACGCUGGUGUUUUGACCUGCGUAGUUCUGCUUCCUGGUUGGCUUUGAAUGCUUCGUUUCUCGUGCAAAGGAUUCAUUUGGUUUGUGCCGAACAAGACCGCGCGGUCCAAUAAUCUGACUCGAGAUCGGAUUGCUAACCUUGGUUUUCUUCGUUUCUCCACACAUUCUUCCCGUCUCCCACAGCCAAGACAGAGAUGGAGAUGUACACGGAUUUGUUCAACAAGAUCGCCUCGACGUGCUUUUCGAAAUGCGCCAGUCGCAAGCACAAGGAACCGGAUCUCAGCCUGGGGGAAAUGACCUGCGCGGAUCGAUGCGUAUCGAAAUACCUAGAGGGCCAGGAACGGAUCGGUGUCGUGUUGCAGAAGGCCAACGAAGAGCAGGCGCAACAAAUGGCGGCACAGCAGCAGAUGCAACAACAAUUUGGUGGGCGGUAAGGAAUGCGUAUGGUGGAAGCGUGUGGCCAUGGUUUAAUGGAAGAUUUAGUUUUCUAGCAUCAUAGAUACCUCUGGUGAUUUCAGAUCAGAGAUGCGGUCUCAAUACAAGAGUAAGGAAACACAUGGCGACAUAACAACAACAACAACAGCAAAAAGAAACAUAAUUUGGACGGAUGGAUGCUGGUGACAGGAACGGUCGAAGCGGUUUGAAUCACUUUCCGCAAGGGAAGGGCUAAUGGAUCCUGGUGUUCCGUGGCGAUGUCAAAGGCCAAUUGUUUUGCUGCCAUCGAUUGCGCUGAACAGAACAUAAGAUUAGAAAAAUCAAUACGUGCGCUCAUAUUUUGAAAGACGUCCGAGAUGCAUUCCACCUUAUUAUCAUUUUCAAACCGGAAGAAUUUUAUAGUGUGU